UUUCUCCUUCUGGUUCCAAACCAAAAAAAAAAAAAAGAUGGAACUCUCUCUCGCGCCUAUGGGUUUUCGCCUUUGCGGGUACAUGACAUACGCCGAUACGCGGUUCCGUUGAUCAAACCACCUGUAAGUCUUGGUCGUCGAACACGAAAUGUGAAGAGAGAGCCAGCGACAAGAGAUGUUGAAAGAGUCAAAGUACGUGCGUGUCUUUUGGGAGACCUUGCUUAGACUAUUAACCUCACCAGCGCACCCACAACUAAAUAUCGCAUCUCAUCAUCUCUCUACACAUUCAUUCCCUUCCCUUCUCUCCUUAAUUUCUUUUUCCACCUUCUACUCCGCUUGUUCCCAUCACUUUGAGGUUCGUUUCGCUCAUUCUCCCCUUUUUCUGUGUUGCCUUCGAUUAUGGGUGGCCUUGGAAGUGUUUUCAUUUGAAGCGAUUGUUACCAUUUUAUAUUCAAAGGUGCUCAUUGGUACUUCAUUCAGUCAUGACUUGUUUUCCUGUAUUAUUUGGUAGAAGGUCGCAUUCUUCAGCGGGGCUAGAUCCAGACAUUGAAGGAGAAUUUUCUGGUCUUCACAAUGUCAGACUUUAUACAUACAAAGAACUGCGAAAUGCCACUGAAGAUUUUAGUCCUGCCAAUAAAAUUGGAGAGGGCGGUUUUGGUUCUGUUUUCAAGGGACGGCUAAAAGGUGGAAAAGUUGCAGCUAUUAAAGUUCUUUCAGCUGAAUCAAAACAAGGGGUGAGGGAAUUCUUGACAGAGAUUAAGGUGAUCUCAGAAAUAGAGCAUGAAAAUUUAGUUAGGUUAUAUGGCUGUUGUGUGGAAGGAAAUCACAGAAUACUGGUCUACAAUUACCUUGAGAAUAACAGCCUUGCACAAACCCUUAUAGGUAGACGACAUGGCAAUAUCCAAUUCAAUUGGCGAACACGAUCUAGAAUAUGCAUUGGGGUUGCACGUGGGAUUGCCUUUCUCCAUGAGGAAGUAAGACCCCAUAUAGUUCAUAGGGACAUAAAAGCAAGUAACAUUCUUCUUGACAAUGACCUCACGCCCAAGAUUUCAGAUUUUGGGCUUGCAAAACUGAUUCCGGCAAACAUGACCCAUGUUAGCACACGUGUGGCGGGAACUAUAGGUUACCUGGCACCAGAGUAUGCAAUAGGAGGCAAGCUGACACGAAAAGCUGAUGUAUACAGCUUCGGAGUCCUCCUUGUGGAGAUUGUAAGUGGGAGAUGUAACACAAAUACACAGUUACCAAUUGAAGAACAGUACAUUCUAGAAAGGACAUGGGAUCUUUAUGAGCGAAAUGAAUUGGUGGCCCUGGUAGAUGAAUCGCUGAACGGAGACUUUGAUGCUGAGGAAGCUUGCAGGUUUUUGAAGAUUGGCCUUCUUUGCACCCAGGAUGAUCCAAAGGUGCGGCCGUCCAUGUCUUCAGUGGUUAACAUGCUUGCCGGCAGAAUGCGGGUCGGCGAGAGGAACAUAACAAAACCAGCCUUGAUCUCUGAUUUUAUGGACCUCAAAGUGAGGAAAAAUCCAGCAAGUAAUAUUGAGAUGGAGACUCAGGCUUCAUCUUCAUACCAUUCAUCUUCGGCCUCGUACAACCAGGAUACUACAUUUUCAUCAACAGUUUCAACUGCUGCAGAUACAACCUUCACUGCACGAUAUGAUCAAAGCAUGUAAUGCAUCCUCUUAUGUAUGUUUCAUUAUUUUAUCUCAUCAGCAAGGGUUGUUAUCUUCUGUAAAUUUUGUAUCCAUUGCCUACUUUUUGAGUGUUUGUCGGUGCAAGAUUGAGUUUUGUUUAAGGGGGAAUUAUAUUGAAAUUCUACGUAAAAAAAUUAAUUAUUAUAAAAUUCAGCGAUAAUUGAAUUAAAGAGAUUGACACUCUUUAAUUCAGUUAUCAAUAAUUUUAUAGUAAUUAAUUUUUUUGAUAUGAGAUUUGGACGUAA